ACACCAUUUCCGGUCCGGUGAGAAAACAUGGAAGCACAGUGAGAAACAUUGUCUUGCAUUUUGUUUGAUGCAUUUACACAAUUCACGCCGCGAGCUUUGUGUCUGUACUUCUUACACAGACAAACCUCAGUGGAUGCAUAAUGAAUCGUCCCAAACCUACUGCACUCCGGCGACCUAGCGCUGCAAAACCUUCAGGCCAUCCUCCACCUGGGGAUUUCAUUGCCCUCGGUUCGAAAAGUCAAGUCACUGAGCCCAAAGCACCUGCCCUUCUGAAGCCAACAGCAGCAGGCUUGCCGUCUGACCGCAAGAGAGAAACUUCCUCUGCUAUUCCAUCCUCCUCUGGUCUGUCCAGCUUGGCUAAGCGCCCAAAACUCUCCUCUACACCACCCAUAAGUGCACUUGGACGCCUGGCUGAUGUUGCAGCAGUUGACAAGAGAGCCAUUUCACCAUCAAUCAAGGAGCCAUCUGUUGUGCCCAUUGAAGUCCCACCUGCUGUGCUGCUGGAUGAGAUUGAGGCUGCUGAGGCAGAGGGAAAUGAUGACCGCAUCGAGGGCGUGCUCUGUGGUGCCGUCAAGCAGCUCAAGAUGAACCGGGCCAAACCGGACAUCACACUCUAUCUCAGUCUGAUGUUCCUGGCCAAAAUCAAGCCAAAUGUCUUUGCCACUGAGGGUGUGAUUGAGGCGUUGUGUAGCCUUCUGAGACGAGAUGCCUCCAUCAAUUUCAAAGCCAAAGGGAACAGCUUGGUGUCUGUGCUGGCCUGCAACCUCCUGAUGGCAGCUUACGAAGAGGAUGAAAACUGGCCAGAGAUCUUUGUCAAAGUGUACAUUGAAGAUUCAUUGGGAGAGCGUAUAUGGGUGGACAGUUCCCAUUGCAAGACGUUUGUGGACAACAUCCAGACUGCCUUCAGCACCAAGAUGCCCCCCAAGAGCAUGCUGCUACAGGCAGACACAGGCCGUUCAGGAGGUGACCUUAGCGCAGGUAAUAGUCCACACCCCUCCACCCCAGACGAAGAUGACAGCCAGGCGGAGCUGCUGAUCGCCGAGGACAAACUCAGCCCAGAGGACGACGAACAGGUGAUGCCCAGGUAUGAGGAGUUGGCUGAGAGCGUGGAGGAGUAUGUGCUGGACGUACUGCGAGACCAGCUGAACCGCCGGCAGCCGAUGGACAACGUGUCCAGGAACCUGCUGAGGCUGCUGACCGCCACCUGUGGAUACAAGGAGGUGCGUCUGAUGGCUAUCCAGAGGCUAGAGAUGUGGCUGCAGAACCCUAAGUUGACGCGCCCAGCUCAGGACCUGCUUAUGUCUCUGUGCAUGAACUGCAAGACACACGGCGCUGACGACAUGGAGGUGGUCUCCAACCUCAUCAAAAUCCGCCUGAAGCCCAAAGUGCUCCUCAACCACUACAUGCUGUGUGUCAGGGAGCUCCUGAACGCCCACAGGGAUAAUUUGGGGACCAUGGUAAAGCUUGUAAUCUUCAACGAACUGUCCAAUGCCCGCAACCCCAACAACAUGCAGGUGCUCCACACCGUGCUCCAGCAUAGCCCAGAGCAGGCGCCAAAGUUUCUAGCCAUGGUGUUCCAGGACCUGCUGACCAACAAGGACGACUACCUGCGCGCCUCGCGGGCUCUGCUGCGGGAGAUCAUCAAGCAGACCAAACACGAGAUCAACUUCCAGUCCUUCUGCCUGGGCCUCAUGCAGGAGAGGAAGGAGCCCACCUACGUGGACAUGGAGUUCAAAGAGCGUUUUGUCAUUCAGGUGACCGAUCUGCUGACCGUCUCCAUGAUGCUGGGCAUAACCGCACAAGUCAAGGAGGCUGGUGUCGCCUGGGACAAAGGAGAAAAGAAGAAUCUGGAAGCGCUGAGGUCUUUCCAGAACCAGAUUGCAGCCAUCCAGAGAGACGCCGUGUGGUGGAUCCACUCCGUCAUUCCCACCAUCAGCAAACUGGGAGCCAAAGACUAUGUCCACUGCCUUCACAAAGUCCUUUUCACAGAGCAGCCUGAGACGUAUUACAAGUGGGACAAUUGGCCUCCUGAGAGCGAUAGAAACUUUUUCCUGCGCCUGUGCUCUGAGGUGCCCCUGCUGGAGGACACCCUGAUGCGCAUCCUGGUGAUCGGACUGUCACGUGACAUGCCCCUGGGCCCGGCCGACGCCAUGGAGCUCGCCGACCACCUGGUGAAGCGGGCCGCCGGCGUGCAGUCAGACGACCUGGAUGUGUUGAAAGUGGAGAGGAUCCAGCUGAUCGAUGCUGUCCUGAACUUGUGUACUUAUCACCACCCGGAGAACAUUCAGCUGCCCACUGGCUAUCAGGCCCCAAAUCUGGCCAUUUCAACCCUUUACUGGAAGGCCUGGCUCCUGUUGUUGGUGGUGGCUGCGUUUAAUCCCCAGAAGAUAGGUCUGGCCGCCUGGGAUGGAUAUCCCACUCUCAAGAUGCUCAUGGAGAUGGUGAUGACCAAUAACUACUCCUAUCCACCAUGUACGGUGGCCGACGAGGAGACCAAGACGGAGAUGAUCAACCGUGAGCUGCAGAUGUCCCAGCGAGAGAAGCAGGAGAUCCUGGCCUUCGAGAGUCACCUGGCCGCCGCCUCCACCAAGCAGACCAUCACCGAGACCAACAGCCUGCUGCUCUCCCAGCUCACCAGCCUCGACCCACAGGGUCCCCCUCGCCGGCCCCCACCCCCCAUCCUGGAGCAGGUGAAGACCCUGAACCAGUCGCUGCGCCUGGGACACCUGCUCUGCCGCAGUCGCAACCCCGACUUCCUGCUCAACAUCAUCCAGAGACAGGCUUCCUCCCAGUCCAUGCCCUGGCUAGCAGAUCUGGUCCAGUCCAGCGAGGGGUCCUUAGAUGUGUUGCCCGUGCAGUGCCUGUGUGAAUUUCUGCUUCACGAUGCAGCUGAUGACGUGACUGCCAUGGAAGAUGAUGACGAGGUAGAGAGCAAAGAGCAGAGGACCAAGAGGAGACAGAGGCAGCAGAAGCAGCGUCAGCUCCUCCUGCGUCUGCAGGACCUGCUGCUGGGGCCCAAAGCUGAUGAGCAGACCACCUGUGAGGUGCUGGACUACUUCCUGCGCCGCCUCAGCUCCUCGCAGGUGGCCUCCAGGGUCCUGGCCAUGAAGGGUUUGUCUCUGGUGCUGACCGAGGGCGAACUGAAGGACGGCGAGGAGCGCGACCAGCCCAUGGAGGAGGACUCGGGUGACGCUGAGCUCCUCCCCUCCUACCAGUGGCUGCUGCAGGACCUGCCCAAGCUCCCGCUCUUCAACAGCGUCAGGACCAUGACGGCCAGUGCGCUGCAGCAGGCCAUUCACGUGGAGACUGAUCCUCAGACCAUCAGUGCCUACCUCAUCUACCUGUCCCAGCAUGCACCAGUGGAGGAACAGAGUCUGCACAACGACCUGGCUCUGGAUGUGGCCAGACUGAUAGUGGAGCGCUCCACCAUCAUGAACUGCCUCUUCUCGAAGCACUCGUGCCGGCCGGAGUCGGACGCUGUGCUCUCGGCACUCACCUCCAUCUUCUCCGCCUACACCCGCCGGAUGAGGAAGACCAAGGAGGGAGAGGACCUCUACAGCUGGUCGGAAUCUCAGGAUCAAGUGUUUCUGCGCUGGACCACUGGGGAGACUGCUACCAUGCACAUUCUGGUGGUGCAUGCCAUGGUCAUCCUGCUGACCCUGGGACCACCCAAAGGGGAAAGUGAUUUCUACAACCUCCUGGACAUCUGGUUUCCUGAUAAGAAGCCUCUCCCCACCGCCUUCCUGGUGGACACCUCAGAGGAAGCCCUCCUGUUGCCUGAUUGGUUAAAGCUGAGGAUGAUCCGCUCAGAGGUCUCCCGAUUGGUUGAUGCAGCUCUGCAGGAUCUGGAGCCCCAGCAGCUGCUGCUGUUUGUCCAGUCCUUUGGCAUCCCCGUGUCCAGCAUGAGCAAGCUGCUGCAGUACUUGGACCAGACGGUGUCCCACGACCCCCAGGCUCUAGAGCAGAACAUCAUGGACAAGAACUACAUGGCCCAUCUGGUUGAGGUGCAGCACGAGCGUGGAGCCACUGGGGGGCACACUUUCCACUCCCUGCUGAGCGCCUCACUCCCACCCCGCACUGAUGCUGCAGAGGUGAGCAAGGCUAAGGUUACCGUGGAGACGCCCCACGGGUCGGUGAAAAUGAGAACAACCACUCAGCUGCCAGUCAUCGGGCCAGAGGAUGACCUCACUGCCAUUCUGCUUCAGCUCUUCCCUCUGAAGGUGGACCCUCGCUGGCCCCAGCCGCCGGCGCGGUCGCUGUCUCUGGCUCUGCAGCAGGCUCUGGCCCAGGAGCUGGUGCGCGCCAGGAAGGGCCGUGGCCCAGCGCAGGGUGGCACCGGCACGGCCGUGCGUCUGCUCCAGGCCCUGGCAGCGCUGCUCAACUCGGCCCACGCCGGCGCCCUGGUCAUGGCCAUGCAGCGCAGCCACAACCUCUCUUGCCCACUGCUGCGGCAGCUGCACCUCUACCAGCGCUUGGUGUCUCAGGACGUGGCCUUCUCCUCUCUCUUCUUCAAUGCGGUGGUUCAGAUGCUCCGCUGGUUGGAUAACCCCGCUGUGGAGGCGGGACCUCUGCAGACGCUCCUGAAGUCAUUGGCUGCUCAGUACUCCCAUAAGCACCACAUCGCAGACGUGCGCGCAGGUUUCCUGCACCUGGCGGAGGUCCUGUCCCUGCGCCGGGACUCGGAGGUGGCCAUCAAGGGCCUCAUGGCCAGCCUCCGGGCAGGGGAGAGGUGCAACGCUGAGCCCGAGCUCAUAGGGAAAGUGUUGAAGGGCCUGGUGGAGAUCAGAUCUCCGUACUUGGAGGAGCUGCUGUCCCGGCUCAUGGCCGUUGGAAUGGCGGGCCCCGUCGCCAUGGUGAUCUCGCUCCUGCUCCAGGAGAUGGACGAGCAGGGGGUCAAGAUGGAGACUGAUGCCAAAAUUCCAGAGCUGAGCAGAUCUGGGGCCAGCGCGGGCCUGCUGGUGGACUGGCUGGCGAGGUUGGACCCGGAGGUCAUCUCUACAUGUCCAGAGCUUCAGCAGAAACUCCUGUUUGCAUUAAAUAAGACUAAAGGCUCUCAGGUGAGUCUUGCCCCCUCCUACAGGCCCUACCUGCUGGCCCUGCUUACCCACCAGUCCAACUGGAGCACCUUGCACAGGUGUAUCAGUGCCCUACUCAACAAGCACAGAGACGAGAGGCUGGACCCCAGCCCUGCUCUGGACUUCCUGUGGGCCUGUGGUCAUAUUCCUCGCAUCUGGCAGGGCAGAGACCAAAAGACGCCACAGAAGCGGACAGAGAAGUUUGUCUUGCGCCUGAAACCAGAGGAGCUCAUCAGCCUGGUGGACCUGAUCCUGUCCGAGUCCGAGCUGGACAGCCGCGACGCGUCCAGCGCCAAGACGGCCCUGGACCAGGCCUCCUGCACCCUCAUCCAAUCACGGCUGCCGCUCCUCCACAGCUGUUGCCACGGCGACAUAGAGAGUGUGAAGAAAGUGGCCGAGUACCUGAUUAACUGUGCCAGGAAGUGGGGGGACAGUGUGAUGAGCAAGCGGUGCCAGAAUCUGCUGCUCCAGAUCUACCUGUACUUCCCGGAGGUCAUCCAGCGCGUGGCGCUACCCGAGGCCGCACUGAGCAGCCAGGGGGCAGCAGAUGGCAGCACCUGCAAGCUGGAUGUGCUGGUGCAUCGUCUGAUUUCUCUGCUGGGGGACACCGGUGACUCCAAGUCUGCGGAGAGCCGGGCCUCAGAUGCCAACCUGGCCUGCCGGAGGCUGGCAGUGUCUCACCCAGUGCUGCUCCUCAGACACCUGCCCAUGAUUGCAGCUCUGAUGCAGGGCCGUGCACACCUGAACCUGCGGGAGCUACGGCAACAGAAUCACCUGACGUUCUUCAAUGACUCGCUGGCCAUCCUGGAGCUGCUGCAGCCGCUGGUCUUCCACAGCCACCACCAGGGGGCACUGCAGGACUGUCUGCUCUCCAUCAUCAAGGUCCUACAGAACUUCAGGAGGACGUCCCGCGUACCGACGGCCUUCAUCAGCAAGUUUGUGCAGUUCAUACAGAAAUACAUUACCCACGAUGCUGCAGCCGCCGUGACUUAUCUGCAGAAGCAUUCCCGUAUUCUACAGGGUCUUUCAUUAGAAAACCCAGAGCUGGUCCAGCUGAAGUGUCUGCUGGCCGGUCUGACACUGCCUGUGAGGAGUGGCUCCUCUGAGAGUCCAGUGGAGGACAGAGACGCAGAGGACUCAACAGGGUCCCUCCCUCUGGUCAGCAUCUCCGCCUCAACACCACUGACCGCCUCGGACAUGACCAAGUACCUGAGGAGGAUGUCCAGGGGAGAGGCCGUGGAAGAUGUACUAGAGGUUCUGACCGAAGUGGAGGAGAAAUCAAAGAGGAGCCCAGAAAUAAUCCAGCACUUCACCAAUGAUCUCCAGAGACUGAUGAGCUCGCCUGAGGAGCUGUGUCGGAACAUGGCCUUCAGCUUGGCCUUGCGCUGCGUCCAGAACACGCCCAGUCUGGCUGCUGAGUUUCUCCCUACCUUCAUGUACUGCAUGGGGAGUGGAGACAUUGACGUGGUGCAGACCGCUAUCAGGAAUUUACCAGAAUAUGUCCUCCUCUGUCAAGAACAUGCUGAUAUACUGCUUCACAAAGCCUUUCUGGUAGGGAUCUAUGGACAGAUUGAUACAAGCUCCAUCAUCUCUGAAUCAAUGAAGGUCCUCCAUAUGGAAGCCACCACAUAAAGCCCUACAAUGUGGCCAAGUUGCCUAGCAGCUGUGUCAUGAUUUGUUUUAUUCCACCCUUUCUAAUUUCUGAUAGAAUACCCACCUCCUGCAUUACUGCAAACUAUUUUUAUGUUGUACUUUCUCAAAGUGUCUAGUCUUUUCUGAGUAUUUGGUAAGUUUUGAUAGGACAUUUUUAUCAUUGCACAACAUCUAAUUGGACCAGGAGAAUGACUUCUAUGACUUUUAUUUCGUACUCGUUCAUGUCUUGCAUGACAGUAUUCCUGUUAUACUGUCCCAAUAUUCAUGAAUUAAUGAUUGUUAAAGAAAAAAAAACUAAUAAAUGACAAAGUUGUCAAUGUUUUUUUA